AUGAAUCAAGAGAGAGAUCAAUUGCCAAAAGUAAUUAGUCUUAUAACUCUUUCUUUUGAAACACCAUUCAAAUGCUUGCAAUGCUGUUAUUCAUUUUCCAGUCUUGAAGAUUAUCAAGUUCAUCUUAAUGCAAACUAUAUAAACAAUAGUCAAGAAAUUUCAAAUCUCCAAGAAAGCUAUAAUGAACAAAUAGUCAACUGCAAGCCAAGCUGCCCACAUUGCAAUAAAAUAUUUUCCAGCGUAAAAGGCAUUAACUUGCACAUAGGCAAAGUCCAUCCAAUUGAUGAAAAAAAGGAGAAAUGCUCAAGAUGCGGCAAUAAAUUUAAUCAUAAGUAUGCAUUAGAUUUCCAUAUAAAGCAAGUUCAUGAAAAAUCAACCCGUAUGGAAUGCCAAAAAUGCAAAAAAUGAUUUUACAACAAAUAUGUCCUGCAAGGUCACCUAGCCAAAUGUAACCUCUUCCAUUCAUUAAUAUAA